CAUUUUAAGUCUUCAAUUGUCAAAAAAUAAAUAUAGUAUGCUGCCCAAACUAAAAAUUUCUGCCUUCCUACUCAAGCGGCUGGAACGCGUCAAGCAACAGAGCAGUGGUUGUUUAUACGGAGUAUUCUAUGGUGACGGCACACUACUUCUGCUUAGCUUCAACCUGUCAAAUGUUGGGCAGCUAAACUAUGAGCAAAUCCAGCACAGAUUCCCUGCCGAACUGGAUCUCUGCGGCCUGGUGAAGUUCGGUGACUGCACGGAUGCCGAAGCGCAUCUGAAUGAGGUCAUCAAAUCGGUGGACAUAACAGACAAUCCCAUAUUGCUAAAAUGCGAGCUGGGCACCUUGGUGGGCAUGCGUGCCUCCUUCUUUGUGCACGGCAAGUUGGAGGAGGUCCCCUACGAUGUCAUGGACAGUGAACAGCUCUACAAUGACUUUUGCUUUACGCGUUUGCAAUGUGGGUUUUACUUGCAAACAGCUGCCACGCCUGAGUGUGUGGCAAAGGAGAUGCAUGUAUUGCGAAAGCGUGUAGCUGACGGCAACCUGGUGUUCAAGGUGCCACACACAAACAUUUACAUCCACAGCUGCGGACCCAUGGACAAUAAACUUAGAGGUGAAUCCCGAAUAAACGAUCUCGUUCAAGCCAUUCCCAUCCCCAGUGGCAAGGAGAAUGUGGUCGCCGAUAAAAAAAAGUCCAAGACAGCGGCUCAGACCCAGCUGGCCAAACACUUUGGGGCCACUGGAUGUGAAUACGACCUAAUCAACAUUGACGUGAUGCGUAUUCGAACUCGUGACCUCCAAGCUCGAGACUCUCCGCCACAUCCUGCUCUUAGUAUUGCGGUUACCACAGAAGAGCAGACCAGAGCUCAGGUCCCACUGGAGAUAGAGGCCAUGGCUAUGCUCUGCAAGAACACCAAGCUGCAACGACUGUACGAUGUGCUCAUCGAGAGCAUUUGCCGCGCUCUCAGACUGUUCGAGCAAAGCCUGAACGAGCAUUUGGCAGAGUCGGAGGGUGGAAGUCUUGCGGUUCCUCGGAGCCAUCACUUCUAUCCGCAGGGUUUUGGACACUUUUUGAGCUGCGCCUAUCUGGAGGGGCUGGGCGACGACGAGCCGAUCAUGCAGGAGAGACGCAAGCGACUCCAUCGUCAGUUUUCUUUGCCUGUUACACGUCCGUACUUCAGAAGAGCAAACCAGUGCCACUUUCAGGGUGAGGUCGAUGAUGCUCCAUGGACUCCACUCCUAAACACCCAUGUGGGUGUCAGGCCCAGUGCUGUCACCGAUGGAAAGGAGUACCUAGUCAACGGCAACUAUCAUUACUAUCACUAUCUGCAACAGCAGGUGCAGGAUAAGGGCUGGGGCUGUGCCUAUCGAUCUCUGCAGACCAUCUGCUCGUGGUUCGUGCUACAGGGCUAUACGAAUGCACCCAUUCCAACACAUUUGGAGGUACAGAAGUACCUGCACAAAAUAAACGACAAGCCGUCUUCCUUCGUGGGUUCCUCCCAGUGGAUUGGCUCAACAGAGAUCAGCAUGUGCCUGCAGGGAUUUCUUAAAGUGGACUCCAAAAUUCUGCAUGUAUCCUCUGGAGCGGAGCUCCCCACAAUCGCAUCCGAACUGGCCAUGCACUUCCAGACCCAAGGCACACCGGUAAUGAUUGGCGGCGGUGUCCUUGCCCACACCAUCAUUGGAGUCGAUUAUUGCGUACAAUCAGGCGAAGUGAAGUUCCUAAUUCUCGAUCCCCACUACACGGGAGCCGAUGAACUGGCAACUAUCCAAAUCAAGGGCUGGUGUGGCUGGAAGAGCAUGGACUUUUGGAGUAAAGGCAGCUACUACAACCUCUGCAUGCCCCAGAGACCGAUUUUGUACUGAGCUCCAGGGAUCGAAGCUUUUAUAUUUGCAUUUAAGGAUGAUUUUGCGUCAAAAUUUUAUGUGGUUUCAUGUGUUGUUUUAAUUUUAAUAUGAGUUUGUGUACAACA